AUGGUGGAGAAUUUGGGGAAUACACUAUACGGCAUAUUACAAGCAGAAGAAGACAAAAAGGGAAAUGGGUUUUGCAAAACGGAGAACAUAAAAUUUAGUGGUAGAAUUAGCUACAAUGGGCAUAGUUUUGAUGAGUUCUGUGUUCAAAGAACCUCUGCAUACAUCAGCCAAUCAGACAAUCACUUGGAAGAUUUAACUGUACGGGAAACUUUGGACUUUGCAGCCAGAUGUCAAGCUGCCACUCAAGGUUUUGCAGAGUCUUCAAAAGAGCUGGUUCACUUAGAGAAAGAAAGGAAAAUACAGCCUAAUCCAGAUAUAGAUGCAUUUAUGAAGGCAUCAUCUGUCAGUGGUAAAAAGUACAGUAUUCUUACUGAUUACGUCUUGAAAAUACUUGGUCUCGACGUAUGUUCCGAGACUAUAGUUGGCAAUGAUAUGACAAGGGGCGUCUCCGGCGGCCAAAGAAAAAGAGUCACUACAGGAGAAAUGAUUGUUGGGCCAAGGAAAAUUCUCUUUAUGGAUGAGAUAUCCACCGGACUUGAUAGCUCAACGACUUAUCAAAUAGUCAAAUGCUUAAGAAAUUUCGUUCAUCAGAUGGAUGCCACUGUGUUGAUGGCUCUUUUACAACCUGCUCCUGAGACAUUUGAACUGUUUGACGAUCUUAUUUUACUAUCAGAUGGUUAUUUGGUAUAUCAAGGCCCUCGAGCACACGUGUUAGAUUUUUUCGAGUCACUUGGUUUCCAAUUACCACCUCGCAAGGGAGUUGCUGAUUUUUUACAAGAGGUGACUUCUAGAAAGGAUCAAGCACAAUAUUGGGCCGAUGAUUCUCGUCCAUAUACCUUCAUAUCUGCUUCCCAAUUCGCAGAAGCAUUUAAAGUUUCCAGCUUUGGGAAGUCUUUGGAGUCCACUCUUAAUUCUUCAUAUGACAAAUCCCAAAGCCAUCCCUCGGCUUUAGCCAACACUAAAUACGCUGCAUCCAAGUUGGAACUUUUCAAAGCUUGCUUUGCUCGAGAAGUGCUCUUGAUCAGACGGCAUAGCUUUCUCUACAUUUUCAGGACAUGCCAGGUGGCAUUUGUUGGAUUCGUGACAUGCACAAUGUUUCUGCGAACGAGGUUACACCCCACAGAUGAAAACAAUGGAAACCUCUAUCUUUCAUGUCUAUUUUACGGAUUGGUUCAUAUGAUGUUCAAUGGAUUCUCCGAAUUGCCAAUUAUGAUAUCUCGGCUGCCUGUGUUUUACAAGCAAAGGGAUAACUUGUUUCACCCUGCAUGGGCGUGGUCCAUCAGUAGUUGGAUUUUGCGAGUGCCUUACUCCAUACUUGAAGCUGUUGUGUGGUCUUGUGUCGUAUAUUAUACUGUUGGUUUCGCCCCUGCUCUUGGAAGGUUCUUCCGGUUCAUGUUCUUGCUCUUCUCGGUCCAUCAAAUGGCUGUGGGUCUUUUUCGUAUGAUGGCAUCCAUAACACGAGACAUGGUAGUUGCCAACACAUUUGGUUCAGCUGCUCUGCUAAUUAUAUUUCUACUGGGUGGAUUUAUCAUACCCAAAGGUAUGAUUAAGCCAUGGUGGGCAUGGGCUUAUUGGGUGUCUCCACUGUCUUAUGGGCAACGUGCAAUUUCUGUCAAUGAGUUUUCUGCCACUAGGUGGAUCGAGAAUUCUAGUAUUGGAAAUGAAACUGGAUACAACAUUCUUCAUUCGCAUAACAUGCCUGCUGGUGAUUAUUGGUACUGGCUCGGUGUUGGUGUGUUGCUGAUUUAUGCAUUCAUUUUCAAUAGUGUGGUGACUUGGGCUUUGGCUUACCUCCACCCUUUAAGAAAAGCUCAAACUGUAAUUCCACUUGAUGCCACAGAAGAAAAUUCUUCUACAGAUAAUGAGGCUAACACGUCGGAUGGAGCAAGUAAGAAAGAAAAAGGAAUGAUUCUUCCUUUUCAACCACUGACAUUGACUUUUCACAAUGUUAAUUAUUUUGUUGAUAUUCCAAAGGUGAGCCAGGAAAGAGAUGUUCCAGAAAAGAAAUUGCAGCUCUUAUCAAAUGUGAGUGGUGUAUUUUCACCUGGUGUUCUAACAGCAUUAGUUGGGGCAAGUGGAGCGGGAAAGACAACACUAAUGGACGUACUUGCUGGUAGAAAAACUGGUGGAUACAUUGAAGGUGAAAUCAAAAUAUCAGGUUAUCCAAAAGAGCAACGUACCUUUGCUAGAAUAUCAGGAUAUGUAGAGCAAAAUGAUAUACAUUCUCCUCAAGUGACAAUCGAGGAAAGCCUCCAGUUUUCAUCCGCUCUCCGCCUCCCAAAGGAAAUCAGCAAACAGAAACGACAGGAGUUUGUUGAAGAAGUAAUGAACUUAGUAGAGCUCGAUACUCUUAGGCAUGCUUUGGUUGGCAUUCCUGGCAGCACUGGUUUAUCAACAGAGCAGAGAAAACGCCUAACUAUUGCAGUGGAACUCGUUGCAAAUCCUUCAAUCAUUUUUAUGGACGAACCUACCUCUGGAUUGGAUGCACGAGCUGCCGCCAUUGUAAUGCGAACGGUUCGUAAUACAGUUGAUACUGGAAGAACGGUUGUUUGUACUAUACAUCAACCUAGCAUCGACAUAUUUGAAGCGUUUGAUGAGMUACUACUUAUGAAACGAGGGGGAAGAGUUAUAUAUGGGGGAAAGCUAGGAACACAUUCACAGAUAAUGAUUAACUAUUUUGAGGGGAUUACCGGAGUAGCUCCAAUACUAAAUUCUUACAAUCCAGCUACUUGGAUGCUAGAGGUCACAACACCUGCGGCUGAGCAGAGAAUUGGUAAAGAUUUUGCAGACCUAUACAGGAACUCAGAGCAAUACAGGAAUGUUGAAGCUUUCAUCAAGCACAAUAGUAUUCCACCCGAUGGUGGAGAACCAUUGAAGUUUGCUUCAACUUAUUCUCAGAACAGACUAUCCCAAUUUUUGACUUGUCUUUGGAAGCAAACACUUGUCUAUUGGAGAAGCCCACAAUAUAACGCCAUGAGAUUGUUUUUCACCUUCAUUAGUGCAUUGAUAUUUGGUUCUGUAUUUUGGGAUAUUGGUAUGAAAAGGAGUUCGACCCAAGAAUUAUUUGUUGUUAUGGGAGCUCUUUACGCCGCAUGCUUAUUCCUUGGGGUGAACAAUGCUUCUUCAGUACAACCUAUUGUGUCAAUUGAGAGAACGGUAUUUUACCGAGAGAGAGCUGCUGGAAUGUAUUCUCCAAUCAUUUAUGCUUUAGCACAGGGUCUAGUGGAGAUCCCAUACAUUGCCGCACAGACCAUAAUAUUCGGUGUCAUCACAUAUUAUAUGGUUAAUUUUGAAAGAACUUUGGGCAAGUUUUUGCUGUAUGUUCUGUUCAUGUUCUUGACAUUCACCUAUUUCACAUUUUAUGGAAUGAUGGCCGUUGGGCUGACUCCUUCGCAACACAUGGCAGCCAUUGUUUCUUCUGCAUUCUACUCCUUAUGGAAUCUCUUCUCUGGGUUUCUUGUCCCAAAACCAAGUAUUCCAGGAUGGUGGAUUUGGUUUCACUAUUUGUGCCCUGUAUCAUGGACUUUGCGGGGCAUUAUAAGCUCACAGCUUGGUGAUGUAGAGACACAGAUUUUAGGAGGUGGAUUUGAAGGCACUGUGAAACAAUAUUUGGAAGUAAGCUUAGGAUAUGGCCCUGGUAUGAUUGGAGUUUCUGUGGCUGUGCUUUUCGGCUUCAUCAUCCUUUUCUUCUCAAUCUUUGCAGUAUCCAUCAAACUCAUCAAUUUUCAAAGGAGAUGAAAUAUUUAAAGUUUAGACGCUUCCAAUUUUCAUUCUUUUCCAUGUACAAAUUCAGAUGUAACAUCUCAUCUCAAAGUUGCAUUUUUUUUU